AUGGACCAAACUAGAAGCAUCCGGGAUUCUAUCGCCACCUAUAUGUUUCGGUAUGACUGUGUCCUGGACCCCAAGAAGCUUCACGGGUCGCUUGUCCGGUUAUUAGAGCGGGGAGAUUGGAGGAAGUUUGGUGGUCGUCUCCGACGAAAUAUUGACGGACUGCUUGAGAUUCGCAUCCCCCGCAACGACCAGAAGCAGGCUGUGGUGCGGUUCUCGCAUGUCUCCUACGUAACCCAAAUCAAAGAACACCCUUUAGCAUGCCGGCUGCCCCAAAAAACUGGCCAAUGCCCUUCAAUUCAGGAAGGGUGUGACACCUUCCGGGCCUUCAGCGUACCGCCUGAAUUGCCUAGCAACAUCAAGCACUAUCUGACUACCGAUGAGCCGCUUCUCUCGCUGCGUAUCAUUUCGUUCACAGAUGCAACAUUAGUUUCCAUCACCUUCCCUCAUGCAGUCACCGAUGCCAUGGGGACUGCGGACUUUCUCCGAGCCUGGUCGAGCAUGUUGGCGGAUCGACUGGACCAGAUACCCCCUGUCCUGGGGGCAAGGGAGGAUAUUAUGGCGUCUGUAGGCACCCUUGACGACAAACGGUCCCAGAGUCCCCACGCCCUAGAGCAUCGCCGCAUCCGGGGCCUAUCAUUGCUGAGUAUGAUUCUCCGACUGGUGUGGGAUCGCUUCAUCAAGAGGAAUAUCCACGCUCGCAUUAUAUACCUGCCAGCAGAAUUCAUUGCAAGGCUCCGCCAGUCGGCACAACUGGAUAGCCAGUCGUCUCAACCCAGCGAGGAGACUAAAUUCCCCUUCCUGAGCGAUGGGGACCUGAUCACCGCCUGGGGCUCACAGAUGGUCCUUUCCUCUUACGCUAAUUCGGGACCUGCCAUCAUCUGCAACGUCUUUGACAUUCGCAGCCGUAUCAAAGACCUUUUCGACCCUGCGGGGGUCUACCUGCAGAAUCUCAUUCUCCUUACCAUGAUAGACCUACAGGCACCCGUCAAAGGCCACUCGACCAUGCCCCUGGGCCACAUUGCCCGUCGCAUCCGACACGCGAUCGUAGAACAGGCCACGGACGUGCAAGCUCGGCGCCUGGUGCGCGUCAUGAGGGCCACCAUCGCGAGCACUGGGCUGAUGCCCCUGUUUGGCAGCUCGGGCGCAACUAUCAUCGCCUGCACUAACUGGUCAAAAGCCCAAUUUCGGGAAGCAGCGCAUUUCGGUCCCGCGGCUCUACCGAGUCGUUCUUCCUCUGCGUUCACCUCUGGGGGUGGCUCUGGCCCAGGGGCUUGCGUAGCAUUUGCAGGAACCACUGUGAGCGCAAGUGAUAAUCUCCGGGAUACUUUCAUGAUAUAUGGUAAAGACAACGAGGGGAAUUACUGGGUUCAUGCGUAUUUGCGUCAGGAGACAUGGGAUUUCAUCCGGAAGAUGUUUGAUCAGCAUAAGCUGGGAGUUGCGUAG